AUGCAGGCUAACCGGGGGCGAAUUGUUGUAAACCCAUCUUUUCAAGAGUGGGUUUACUUGGAUGAAAAAUCUCCCCAUGGUUUACAAACUCCAAUGAAAAGGCAAGUUACGUAUUGUGUAGAGGAGGAAAUUGAUCGAAAAGAAUUCGAAAUUAAAGACGAUCCGUGGAAACAACACAAUUACAAAAGUAAAGUUGACUUUGUUGGGGCGAAAUCAAAUGGACGAUGCUGUCGAGCAGCAAUACUGAUGUCCAUAAUCAUUGGGUCAUUGAUGUCGAUCGCUGCAUUAGCGCUGGUUCUGCUGAUGUUGUUUGGGAAAGUAGGAGCAGGUUGUGGGUGUCAGUCAUCAAGUGAAGGUUAGAAUAUGGAUAAAGAUCUAAUUUGAGAGUGUCAACAUAUAUAAAAGCUCGCCAGGACAUAUUCUGGAUCUCGAAAAAUAUAAGUGCGGUCGCGGUCCAACUAUGUUUUGCUAUCAGUGCUAAGGUCAGUCAAGCAGUUUGGUAGAGUUCAGUUGCCACGAUAUACUGUACUGUAAGAUGAUACGUUGAUUUCGCAAAAAAUUGCUCAAUCUUUGUUUCGCAUUAGAUCAUUGUCAUAACAAGUCUGUUUUGUGUUCUGUUUAUUGGUGUUAUUUUUCGUAUCACAACUAUUUAAUUGGAAAAAAUAGUUGCCAGAUUUUAUUUAUUUCCAGCACUUGCAAAGAUCUUCUCUCAAUUCUCUAUGGCUAUAAAGAUUUUGACAGCUGCGUUCAGAUAGGCGGGAGAGAAGGCUUUUCAAAACAAUAGAUUACCAGAUUCAAUAGAGCGUGGAGUGAUCAUGAGUCGACGAAAUGAAAAGUAUGAAUUAAAAAUUAGCUCGCACUUAUACAUAUAUAAACCUCAUGAUUGACAAUUUACUUCGACCAAUGAGAGGACUGUUCAAUGUACACCAGACGGCAAACCAAAAUUGUUUUGUUUGGCAAGAUUGCGAGACUGUUUACGGGGAAGCAAACAAAGAGCAAAAUUUUUAAUCGACCCUUCAAAUACUUAACUUAACAGAAAUGUAUUCGUGGCUUGUGUAGAGCAGUCAAGCUCUAUACUUAAUGUUACCUUUCUUUCGUCGUUCAAAACAAACAGAUUGCAUUUCGCCGUGCUUCUGUUUGGUUACAAUGAAGAAAAGAAACGAAACAAAACAAAAAUAGUAAUGAGAACAUCAUUAACAGUGACGUGCUCUCUUGCGAAUGCUUUUUUCCUGCCACGAAAAGCAGAGUUGGAUUAAUAAGAGAGGAAAGAUUAUUUUUUGUUAAACAUAAUAGGAAAAAAACUUAUGUCCUCUCAUUGAAGCGGAUGUGGUUUAACUCAAAUGUGCUGUUCUGUAAUUAUUUUGUUUCAAAUCUUCUUCAGUCAGUCCCUCCGCUGUUACUCAAAGAGAUUUUUUAGCCUGGAUAGAGGAUCUCCAGAGGAACGUCACAAACCUUCAACAGAAACUGGUGAGAAAAUGUAGUAUAGUUGAUGAAUUUUGGUUACGCUUUUGGUCGCGAUAAGUCUUCUAUUCAGUGUGCGCAAGGUCUCAUUUUUUAACUGUGGAAUAAGUCAGUUUCGAGAUACUUCUUCAUUUGCAGGGAAAGAAAACACAUGAGCUCAAAGUUGUUCACUUAUCGCUUCGAGAUCUUGACGGAAAAUUGCACAAUUUGACAAAGAAGGUAAUGUACGCUAAUAGUCCCACUUUUUCACGAAAAACUUGAUUUCGCGGGGAAAUUUGAUACAGACUCCAUCGGAAGUUAAUUUUUUGCUCUUGUUUGCUUUUAAGCUAAACAUUACUGAAACAGCCCUCCAGGAUAAAGACAACAAAUUCCUCGUUCUUCUACAGAACACGACUUCAAAUUUUCUUCUCAAGGUAAUGAAAGCGAUGUGCUUCGUUAUCGUGUAAAUAAGGAACUUUACAGGAAUGCUUUGAGAUUACAUAGUGGGUGCUGAGUUGAAUUCUCUUCCUGAUUGCACAGUGCAGGUUUGGUAUUGCAAUAUUAAACUACAACCAAUUCAUUGCAAUCAACAUUUGACCUGUUAUGGCACAAGGUAAAAGAGUAUAAGACAAAGAAUUAAUUUGUCGAUUGAGACUGGAGUUGGAAAGUUUAACAUCAAGUAAAUAAAGGGGGUAAAUUUCUAAAGCAACUGCGGUGCUGCGUCGAUGAGGGACUGAUAACAAGAUAAUUUGGUUUUAUCAACUGAAUUGAUGCUGUAAAUUGGCCUGUGUGAAAAGUUUCUAAGUUGACCUUACGAGCAUUAGUGCGUACACGGAAGGUUAGCCCUUCGUCCUUCGCUCUGACGAAGUGCUAACGCUCGAAACGUCAGCUUGGAAAAUCUUCACGGUGGCUAUUUGUAUUGUCAACUCAGUUGUUAAAAUCAAAUUAUCCUCCUCAAGUAGCAUGCUUUAGGCGCUCAGUCAGUAAAACGAGGCGCUAUAAUAAGCGGCGCGAAAGAGGCGGAGAAGAGAAAAAACGUGGGAGGCCUGGGUUCGGUUGCGUAAUUAUAUACUCGACCAGACACGACCCUCGCUAUCAGAGAGCAAAAGCAAACACGAGGGUUGAAGAAUAUGGUCAACGGAGAAGCAAGUAAAUAAUUAACUCCGAUGUCCAUGCACUUUUUGUUUUCAGACAGAUUUAAUCAGAUAUGAUCUUAACUCAACGCGAAAUUGGUUGUUAGCCUCCGACGCUGAAUUAAAGAACGAACUGGAGGCUGUGAACACAACUCUGAUAUUGAAGGUUUCUUUUACAAUCAUAACAAUCAUGUUCGCUUGCUAAGAACUCACUCAUUUUUGUUUUCAAGUUCUCCUCUAUUACAUAAUUCAUACUCAUCAAAAGCUGAUUAACAUACACAGAACCGGUUUUUGAGUGGGUGUCUAAAAUCAUUUCAGUUUGUUAGCUUAAGAAUGCUCCAAAUGUUCGAUCGAUCAAUUUGAAAGUUUAAACGAAUCAUGACCAAGAUACUUUUACGUUUUGGGAACAAGCCACAAGAAUUAAACUCAAACUGGAGGGGAAGGGUGGCUUGAAGAGGAAAGGGAAGUUCCUACACGUCAUUAAGUUUUGUGUUGUGUUCAGACUUGUUCGUGGCUCAUCUACAUAGAAGUACAAUAAAAGAUUGUACUUUAAAAAAGUGAUUUUCUUUUACUGAAUAAAAAAUCAUUCUAUAAUUACGAACACACAAUUUAGUAGCUUAAUAGGAUUACUCUUUAGGGCAUUCCAUUGCAACUGUGUGAUAAUUAUUAUGUUUGUCAGCUCAACAGUACGGCUGAAAGACUUGAUCGAGAGGAUAUCAGUACAAUAACUCUA